CCUCCGCCGCAUGUAGAGCUGAGUGAGCGGAGACCGAGCUUCAGUCAGUCUGUUAGCACAGAGGGAAGCUGCGGUGACUUCCUCGUUUCUUUAUUUCUCGCAGGUAUCUCACUCACUCUCUCGCCACAAACAAGUCAACUGGAUUUUUUUUUUUUAAGAAACAAAGAAAACUAAAUAACGACGUGCACUCUUCAUCCGAUGUGAAAAAGAAAGAGGGGGAAAGGAGAGCAGAUAAAACAGAAGAGAAAUGGGAGCGUUUCAGGUGCUGCUGGGGAGUUUGCAUUACAUGGGACUCUACAUUCAACUUAGUGUCUCCACGAGGCAAGCUGGACACGGGGAGAUAGAUUACCACAUCUCUGGGAACGCCAUGUUCACAGAGGUGCCUCAUGAUAUGACCGCCCAGAGAGGUCAGGAUGUGGAGAUGGCCUGCUCCUUCAGAGGGGCAGGAACGCCCUCGUAUUCCCUGGAGAUCCAGUGGUGGUACAUCCGGAACCAUCUGGACUGGACAGAUAGACAGCCCUGGACAACCAAUGAAGUGGCACCUGAGGAGGAGAUGCCAAAAGAUGCUACAAAGAUAAGUGUUGUGAAAGUUGUUGGAAGCAACAUCUCCCAUAAACUGCGCCUCUCCCGAGUCAAGCCGUCCGAUGAGGGCACCUAUGAAUGCCGCGUCAUUGACUUCAGCGAUGACGCAGGUGCCCGCCACCACCGUGUCAGGGCCUAUCUGCAGGUGGUGCCAGAGAGCGACAUCAUCGACACCAACCACAACAACUUCGAGGCCUUGGACGACACCAAGAGAGAAGUGGGGUUCGUUGACGGGGACGACGUGGAUUCUCACGGUAGCACCAGAGAGCACGCUCACGACCACCACCAGAACCACGGCCACCACCAGGAGCACGGCAAGAGGUCUUCAUCGCCGGCUCACCACGGCCACAGCCACAGCGGCAGCAGUCAGCAGCAGAAGGCCGGCAGAGAGCUGAGGAAGAGGGACGUGGACAGUAACCACAGCCACAAUGACUGCACCAAUGAGCCGAGCUGUGCGCUGUAGAUGUUGGCUCGUGACACCUGAGUGAUAGAUUACAUGAGGAUUGCAUAACAUGAUGUGUGUCACAGCAUAAAAAGCUACUCUUCCCACACAGUGCAGGCCUGUGCACAAAUCCAGAACCCCUAGAAAUGUACAGUAUGGCUUAUUCAGAGCACAGUGCUAUAAACUGUGCAGGGAAUGUAGCUUUUUUUUUUGCUGUGCACGAGUCUGGGUUGGACUGCUCACUGUCUGUAAAGCCUGGCUUCACGACAUUCAGCAAGGGGGGGGGGGGGGGGGGGGGCUGAUGUGUAGAUCUAGGCAGCUCCACUGUUUCUGGUCUCAGCACCAACAAAAAAAAAGACUCUUGUCCCACUAUUAACCCAUGCUCUGUUCCACUCUUAUGUUAGAUACUGUAAAAUGACAUCCCUGCUUUGACGCUCAUACUUCUUCCACUGCCUUACUCUUGUCAUUUGAUACACCCUCAGAAAAAAGUAUAAAGUUAUACCUUUUGAAACUGGGUCUAUCCCCAGUAAAAGAAAAUGUUCCUUUUAUUCUGAGAGUGCACUGAAUGAAACUCAACAGUCAGUAAUUCUUUCCUUGGAAAUCGUGUCCUUAGCUUUUUACCUAGAGCACAAGCUUCAUUACAUCUUUUUGUGCAUUCAAAUAAUGGACAUGAAUACGGUGCAAAACUUGUAUACAACCAAAAUUCAGCAAGUAAUUCCGUGUUUACUGACAGGAAGAAAGAAACAUGCUUCCUUUCAGCAGGAAUUCAUCAAAGUCCUAGAGCUGCAGUGCUCAUCAAGGACAGAUACAUCCUCAUUUCGUUUCAGUUGGAGUAAAUACAGCAGCAGUGUGGAAAGCGUGGGAUUUCUACAACCACAUUUGUACGCAAUUCAAACAAAGCACAUCACAGGCUGUGUUUUCCCCACAGCGCUUUAGAGUUUAUGAACAACACCGCAACAGAAAGUGUGAUUUUUAUUCACCCCUUGAGCUACAGGUUCGAUCCAUUCGUGGCUGUUCAGGCUGAGAGAAAUCAAUCGAAUUGUUCCAUGUGGACACCACCUGUUUGGAAAGCCACGAAAAGAUCAAAUCUGAGCCACUAAAUUAAAAAUCUGAUUUGGUGUGCCUCUGAAUCUGGACUACCAAUGAAAAGAAGAAAUACGAGCUUGGUGCAAGAUAAUUUUUUGGGAAGAGCAGUGCUGUAUUCCUAUCCCAGCUUAGUUCCCUUAUUCCAGUGCUCUGGCCCAGUGCUCAUCAAUCAUUAAAAAAAAGCCUCAAUCCUCUCCACUACAAGCCUCUAAUCCACUCUGUAUAUAUGACUGUAUAAUAUGAAAUAAAGUGAGUGCAUGUUCAGUAAUUUUCUUAAAGACUUUUUCAACCAACCAUACACAGUGUGUUAGUUAAAGAUAUUUUUUGUCAUUUAUCAGUUUUGUUCAUUUAAAAAAAAAAUGUCCAUUCUGUUCUGAAUCUCUUUUUUUCUACUUUAGAAGUCUUGUCAAAUAGAUUUUUUAAGCAGUUUUCUGUUGCUUUACUGCUCUCCAAAAGUGCUGUACAGACAGAUGAAUGACACAUUCUCUUCAUAGCUGCUCAGAAAGGGGUUUCCCUAAUGUAUCUUAGUACUUCAGCAGUGUUUCUUAAACUACUGUACUGGCCUGCAGGGCUGCAAACAUGAGUGUUACCAUAGUUUAAUGAGCCUGAACAUGGGAUUUAUUUCAUGCAGUUUGGGACUUGGUCUGAAAAGGUUUGGGAGGCCAUUUUACUUCUGCCAUUUUUGUAACUCAAUGAUAAUCUCUUUGCUUAGAUGCUUGUGUGAAGCACUGGCCUUGUCUGUAUAGGUUAUGGCAAGCAUACAGUAUGAGGGACAAACACUUCACUCUGAGGGGAUCAAAUAAGACACAGGGAGUGUGGAUAAACAUCCUGGAUAAAACCUUGAUCUGUGAGGGUGAGGAGUAAGAGGAAAAUGUUGUUUGUGAAACACUGAAAUUGGCUGUUUGUACUGCCUCAAAAUAUGGUCUGUGUCUCAAGGCCACAAGGGGCUUUACUUUUCUACAGUAGUCUCCAUCAGAGGAACAACAGUGCUUGUGUUUGUUGUGGGCAGUCCAUGGAGACUGGGAGGAGUCAUCAGUGGGAUUGUUUUUUCAACCAGUAACUUUGAUUUGAUGUUUUGUAAAGAAGAGAUCACUGAUGAAAAAAAAGAGGGAAAAUGUACAUUUCUUCUAGAAUGUUUGGUCUCACACUAAGUGUAUGCCUUUAUCAAAUGAAAUAAAUUGUAUAUGAAACAACAGGAAA